CGCUAAUCUUGACGCCUUUCUCCCUCAUUCUCGUCGCCUGCCUGCCUGUGGACAGAAAAACAACAAAUGCCUUCGGCUUCAACAAUUCUCUCCCUCUCCCUCCCUCUCUCUCCCCUACGACAUCCAUCAAGCUCAUCAUGCACUGCAUCCCAACGCGAACUGCACCACCCCCAAAUUGAUUCACCAUCUGCACUCCACCACCCAAGCACCGUUGGCAUAUCACCACGACACCCAGCCUCAACAAGCCACCUGGUUAUUUUCGCAUACCUAUCCGCAUACAUGGUAUAUACACUGCAGCUCGCUUCAACAUUUCUUCAUUGCGCUCAUCACUUCGAUCCGAUUCGUCGCCUCCUUGGUCACCCCACUGAUCCUCGCGCCUCAUCUACUUCUCGAGUAGCGUGCUGCCGUUGCCAUCUACUAUGGGCAUUGCCGGUCUGACUCGCUGCCUGGAACCCCAUGCUACCCGAUACCGACAUGAAGACCUGUCCGGUUACCAAGCCAUCAUCGAUGGCCCAUCCUUAGCAUACCAUGCCCAUAGGCUUGCUCUUCUGGAGAUUGACCACCAACCGCGUAUCCCAUCCUACGCAGACAUCAAUCGAUUGGCCUUUGCUUGGCUAAAUGCUCUAGAAGCACUCAAUAUCAAAGUCUGGCGAGGCCAAGUAAUGUGCUGCAUGCAGUCGCGCGGCUGUGAUGCAGUCUGCACCAAAUCUGCCAUAUUAUUCGAUGGCGCCCUCCCGCUCGCAAAGACAGAUGAACGGAUUUCCAGACUCAACCAGAAUAACCAGCGAGUGAAGCUUCUGAGGAGCUACUAUGCAGCUACCGCAUGUCCUGUGCCCUCUCCUCUGGGCUCAGUUUCCUAUUCAUUUCUUGCUCCAGCUUUGAGGGAAUCUUUGAACCAUGGUCGAUUUGCUCAAGUCACCUGGGUCGUGGCGGGUGAGGCUGAUGAGUCCUGCGCAUCUUGCGCAUAUGCACAUCCUUGUUCUAUUAUAUUCAGUAGCGACUCUGACAUGCUACUGUAUGAGUACCCUACCGAAACUCGCAUCAUGUUCUUUAAUGACAUCGAACUCAUGUCCGAGCCAGAGUUCAAAGGCUACUCUCCAGCGCAGAUGGCGCAGUCUAUGAGUCGGUCCAGUCUCGUACCAUUUGCUUACUGCCUCGUACUGGACAAACACCAGACGUUCAACGCCUUGGUGGAACAGGCCAAGAAGGUCGACGUCGAAUCCAAAGAUUAUAUCGACUUUAGCAGGCGGUACGAGAGACCUGGCACAUCUGAGCCGUACCCCAUAUUACGUGAAAUUCCUGCAAUAUUUGAUAGAUUAUCAAGCAUACCCCAGCAUCUGGAUGUCAGGAUAUCCGAGCUGGUUCAUCGGUUGCAGAACGGUGACUCUUCACCAGUUGUCUACCUCCCACUCCUUGUGGAAGAUCCCAACAGUGCAUCUGCUUGGAAUUUUGGCCAAGACCUACGCAUCCUUGCAUACUCGGUACUCGUUCAUGGUAAUCUCUUGGAAAGUGACCUCACACAGGGAUUGCAUGGAUCCGCUCAUGUUUUGAGGGAAUACGUACGCAAAGCACAAAUAGCUGCCAUCCAGCCGCUCAGCUUACUCAAUCAUCCAGACAUGUUGGCGGCUGCCACGGGAUUCGACUCUAUUAUGAGAGUCUCCUUGGACCGGCUACAGGCCAAUCGCACACCCACAGAACUGACCUGGCAACUCAUAGCAUCUGAUCUUCUCCUAGCAAUGACUCCCUCGCCUCCCAAAGUAUCGUUGCUGCUGCGGGUUGUGAUUGGCGAUUUCGAUAAAACAUGGGACUUUGUUCACCUCGCUGCUCGUUACCACGCCGUCUUAUACUCCCUGCGUAUACUGAAGCAAUGUGUCUCGUUCUGCCUCAACGCUCAAUCUUCGAGCUCAACGCCUUAUGCUUAUCAAGCCCUCGAGAGUCUCCGCGAAUGGUUCAAGACGAUGCCUUCUAUCGAAAACCUAUUCUUGGUGCCUGGCCAGGAGAAAGCGGUGACCGCCAACGCAGAAGCGCUGCGGAGGUUUCUUCCGGACUUGUACGCCGUGCACCAGUUGGAGAUUCCGAAUGAGAAGACAUCGAGCAAGAAGAUGAGAAAAAAGCAGCGUGAAGCGGAACGAAAGGGCAGGCGAAAGAAAGAAGUCAAUGGUCGGCAAAGUUUCAACGUGUUCGACGUGCUCAAUAAGGAAUGA